AUGAAGGCGAACAAGAAGAGAGCAGUAUCUGCGGGGGUGGUUAAGCCUUUGGUGGAGCUAGUUGCCGGGGAAACGGGUGUCGGAAUGGCGGAGAAAGCGAUGGUAGUGUUAAGUAGCUUGGCGGCGAUAGAGGAAGGGAAGACGGCGAUCGUGGAAGAAGGUGGGAUUACGGCGUUGGUGGAGGUGAUUGAGGAUGGUACAUCGGUGAAAGGGAAAGAAUUCGCGGUGGUGACAUUGUUGCAGGUGUGUGAAGAAGGUGUUUAUAGCGGCAGAAACAGAGGGUUGUUGGUCGGAGAAGGUGCAAUUCCGCCGCUUGUUGCUCUUUCACAGACGUCAACCGCCAGAGCUAAACACAAGGCUCAAAGAUUACUUGGAUACCUGAGAGAACAAAGGCAAGAAGGUUCUUCAACUCCAAUAUGAACAGUUUGGUUGGCUGUACAUAAAUAUAUUAUAUUAUUAUAGGAAAUGGAUUUUGUAGAGUGGAAUAAAAUAUUAUUGGGUUUGAUUUUUUAAUAUAUUAUAUUUUUUAAAAUCUAGUGUUGUUUUUAUUUGAAUUUAUAUUUAUUAUAGCUGGCAAGAAGCAUGAUGGGUCUUUCUUUUUUGUGUGGGU